AUGUCGAUCCGUAAUACUACACCCUCCCCCUCGGGCACUUCAACGCCCAAUCGACCUCACCCUCUUGUACCUUAUUACCCGCCAGCGGAUACAGCUACCUACCGGGAUUUGCUGUUGUUCGAAGAGAGGUUGAAAAGUAAUGCUGAGAUGUUGCGGAAGAGGAGAAAGAGGUAUCAAGUGUUUUUAUAUACGUUCAUAGGGGCUUGGGGUUUUAUGUUAUAUCAAUUAUUCGUUGUUCCACCUAAAAGCAAUCUACGGAUUAGAGCCCUCCAAGCUUCUCUUGCCGUUGUGUCGGUCACGCUAGUGCUGUUCUUUGCGAGUGGGAUGUAUGAGGAGAAGAUUAAAUAUGCUCAAAGUUACAUCACCCAUUCCAACAAAGCCCUCCGACCACUGAACAUGCAUCUGAAUAUGAGACGACCGAAGUCCUCGUUCCUAACCUACAUCCCAUUCUUACGAAAUUCCUCGCAAUCCACAUCCACAGUCCCACCUACAAGCUCUGUUACACUCAACCAACCUUCCAAGCCCUUCUUAGGCGGCAAAGGCCAGCCCGUUACCUCCUCUGCGUCUCCCACAUCUUCUAGAAAGGUAUCAAACUCGACGAAUGUCAUGGCUACUAUCCCUCCAUCGUCUAACCCUAGAGGGGAGUUGAUAUUUUCUUCUAGGGUAGAUAAAUCGUUUAGAGAAGGUUAUGAGAGGUAUAGAGCGGCGUUCGAGAAGAGACGAGAAGAAAAACAGAAAGAGGAAUCGAGAUUGAAUCUGAACUCAACAAAUUGGUUCUUAUGGACUACAUCCACGUCUACUUCCGCAUCUAAAAAUCACGGUAGUGGUGGUAACAGAAGUAGAAGAACACCUAGUCCGAAUCCAUUAGGGCUCGGUAAGACCCCUCCUCUUUCGAGAAGACAGAGUCCUUCGCCCGGACCUGGUCAGAUGCAAGCGCUGAAUCCACACAAAGUGGAGAGUGCACUGAGGAACAGUAUGCUACCUCCGAACUCGAGUUCGAACUUGAGCUCGGAGGAUAAAGAGGGAAGGCAAAGAUCAGAGAGCUAUAGUUUUGUUUUGGAUAGAAAUAAUGACAGGAGCCGGAAUGAUACGCAGAUGGCACGUUAG